UGGAUGGAGUGGGGUUUGACAAAUAGGCCAUUCAUGUUAAACUUUUUCAUGCAACUUUCUGUGUAAUUUUAUUUCCAUCUAAUGAACAUGGUGACCUAGGUGUGCACCGUCAUUUGGAAUGUUCCUUAUGGGUUUGGUGACAUAGCAAUAGUAAAAUAAUAAUAAUAAUAAUAAAUUUACAACUUGCCACUAAUUGCUUUGACGUUAAAUGUGUGGCGUCAGCGUGGAGUAUGCUAGUGGUUUGUGCAGGGCAGUUUCCCAGAAUUGAUAUCGUUAUCUCGGUGGUCAUAAAGUGUUCCUCGUCUUAAGGAAAACCCUGUGCAGGAUUCCGACAGCACCCUCAUACUGACUGCACCAUGGAGGAGGAAGAGCUGCCUUUGGAGGGGGAGAUGGAAAACCCCGACAGCUUCACUGCUGAGGUGUAUGCUGCCGAGGCCAUGGCUGCAGACAUGGACCCUUGGAUUGUAUUUGACUCCAGAAGAACUCCCAGAGCGGAGUUUGACGCCUGGCUGGAAAGUAACAGGCCUUCACAAAUAUCCCGGUAUGGUGAUGAGGAGGGCGGGAAAGGUCCUGUGGGGUGGAUUGCCGUGCUGGGCCCCAAUCACUGCCCUAGUGGCGGGGACGUUGUCGGCCUCCAAGAGAGCUGGGAGCGACUGUUGGCCAGUGGCCGGCCUGUGAACUUCCAGACGGUGAAGGAGAUGGCCUUGAACCAUGGGGUGCUGUCAGGGAAGUGGCUGAUGCACUUAGACUCUGGUUUCAAGUUGGAUCACGCCUGGGAGUGUGUGGCCAGAGCUGCCUUGGAAGGCAAGAUCUCCACGGUAAAAGUGAGCCCUUAUGACCCAAAGUCAGAGGGCAAGCAGGUCAUUUGUGCCUAUAACCAGAACUUCACUGAUGAGAGCGAGGUUAUGAGGCUAGACUCGGUCAUUCGUGCCACAGGGGUCAAGUGCCCUCUUUCUUACAAGCCGGAUGUGUACACAUACCUGGGAAUCUACCGGAACAACCGCUGGAAGCUCUGCCCGACCAUAUAUGAGAGCAAAUUUGACCUUGAGUGUGUACCCAGGCGGUCCCACAUUAUCAACAAAGUCACCAAUCUUGAAGUCACGUAGGCCUGUUAGAACAAGGAGGGAGGAUUCUGAGGAAGGGUUUAUGGGAGCCACAAAUGAUCCCUGUGUUGUACUGUGGUUGCACAGUUUUGUUGAUUGUCUAUCAGUGGCUGAAUUAUGAUCUGAAGUUCUUCCUUUUUGGCACAGAAAACCACAAAAGCUCUUGUUUUAAUGUUGUCUGUGCAUGCUGUGAAAUAAAUUCUCUAUUGAGUUUAAAUGUCAGUGAAAAUCAUACUUUAUUGUUGAUAUUUUUUAUCUACAGAUGAGAAUAUUGACAGUGGUUUUUCUGUUCAUGACAAUACCUACCUGACAGCUGAAGCUGAUUUUUUUUUCUACUGUUAAGGGAAAUUUGUAAUGGAUCUUUGCAAGCGUUUCUCUUUUUGAUAACAGAUGCACUUAUCUCAUUCUUUUGGCUUCAGUUUUUGCUUUGUGCUGAAAAAAUUGCUUUGUGAUGAUCACAAAUUUAACUUGCCAAAUAAAAUUUACUUUUGAAGCCUG